AAAACCUCUAAUUCCUCCUCAAAAACCCUAAAAUCCCAAUUGAGAAAAUUUAGACGCUCAAGGUUUUGUUUACAUCUUGUCCGGUGGCUUGAAACAAAUUCAACUUCUGCGUACUGUUUCUUUGUUGAAUCAUGGAUCCAGCGCCCGAACCCGUUACUUACGUCUGCGGAGAUUGUGGUCAAGAGAACACUUUGAAGUCUGGGGAUGUGAUCCAAUGCAGAGAGUGUGGGUACCGUAUUCUCUACAAGAAGCGUACCCGUAGAGUUGUUCAAUACGAAGCUCGCUGAGAACUACUACUCCUGAAGGUGGUUCAUAGUCUGUUAAGAUGGGUUGAGACUUUUUGGCACUGUUUGUGAUAUAUAUAUCGACAUGGUGAUUGCUACAUUGCCAGUUCGAUUUGAUUUGGUCACAGUGUGACUGUGUAAUGACUUUACCGUUUUGAUAGAUGUAAUUCUUGGAAUAACUAAGUUCACAUUGCUAUAAUCCUUGAUUGGCUAUAAUCUCUCGUUGUUUUGCUACCUUUGUUCUUUAGUGUACUCUGCAUUUAGUUGAUCAGAUUCUGGUGGUGGAAAAGGUAGUGACUACCAUAUAUCAAUCUUGUUUGCUACAUAUUAAGUGUUCGGAAGAAAUCGAAGAGAGACAUGAAGAGAACCCACCACAAUGUUACUCUCAAAAUACCUUUUUAGUACC